AUGGAGCCAGGACAAAUUCGCAGAGGUCAAAAAAUAACCUUCCUGAUGGCGAUUCUGAGGCUGCUGCUUGAGCUCACCCUCCUUGGGUCCGCCUGGAAGCCCCUCGCCUGUCUGGACUCACUCUUGGCUGCUGCUAUCAGUCCUCAGAUCCCAGAUAAUGGGAGUGUGCCCCUGAUAGUUGACGUGCACGUGUUUGUGUCCAAUGUCUUCGACGUGGACAUCUUGCAGUAUACAGUGUCCUCCUCGAUGCUAUUGAAACUGUCGUGGUUCGACCCUCACCUAUCCUGGCUAGAGAAUACAGAUCCACGGAAUUUCAUCACUUUGCCCUCAAACGCACUGUGGACCCCGGACCUCACCAUCCAAGAGGCCCUCUGGGUAGAAUGGAGGGAGCACAACCCACGGCUGCGGGUAAGCAGAGAGGGUUUCGUGGAGCUCUACACUGCGCUCACCACCAAGACUAACUGCGACUUUGAACUUCUCCACUUCCCCAGUGACAAAAGUGACUGCAGCAUCAGUUUCUAUGCUUUCAGCAACACAGCUAAAGAGUUAAAGUUUCAUCCCCAUGCAGUGAAUGAGAUCGUGAGUGUGAAGCGUGAAUAUAUGGUUCGAGGCUUAAAAGCUCAGGUCCCAGAACGGCAACUGGUGCCUUGCUUCCAGGUGACGCUAAGCCUAGAGAACACGGCUGUGAAGACAACAAUGGCCUUGCUGGUGCCAGGGGUGGCAAUACUCCUGGCAGAUAUCUGUGGCAGCCUCCUGCCUCUGAAGGCUACUGAACGUAUCUCUUACAAAGUGACACUGCUGCUUAGCUACCUUGUCUUCCAUUCGUCUCUGGUGAAGGCCCUCCCCAGCUCUUCCUCCUGCAGUCCUCUCCUAAUUUCCUACUUCACACUGCUACUGAUACUACUUUCCCUCAGCACCAUGGAGACCGUGCUAAUGUAUGGCUUGAUGGCUCGGGGCGACUUCAGCCCAAAUCCAGCCCCGAGAGAGGAAGGGUUAGACACUGCAAAUCCAGGGCCCAGAUCUGAAGAGCCCCAAAGGAGAGAUGAGGAGCCAAGAAAGACUUGGGCUGAGGCUAUGGACCACAUCUUCUUGCUGACGUAUGUAGCCAUCAUCGGAUGCAGUCAAAUCAUCUUUGUCAUAGUCUGGGUCUGGUGGGAAUGCAAGUCUGACCCACCUCCCGCUGAGGAUAUUCCUCAUGGAGGAAGGCCCGAGUUCUAA